GGACGUUGCGUCGCGGGGCGGGGCGGAGGAUCCUUGUCCGCGGCGCUUCAGUCGUGUGUCCCCGGCCGCCGCCCCCGCUGUCGCACCGCAGCUAGCUUUCCCCUGCUUUUAGAGUGUACACGUGACAGUCAGGGCUUCGGCCCCUUCUCACAGCCGCCAAACGUCUCAGCUGAGCAGCCUAGUCCAGCAGGCAGCUCUUCUUGACUAGUCCGGGUUGUGGGGAAGAUGGCGCCGGCGCCUGUAGGCGUCCGGGAGGAGCAGCAAUUGGGGUGUCGAUCCGGACCCCUAUCUCGGCUCCUUUUCCUCGCCCAGGCGGUUCUUUUGUUGCCCGGCGCCCGGGCAGUGCCCUGCCCCGCACCCUGCUCCUGCAGCGUUCCUCUGCUGGACUGCAGUCGCAGGAAGCUGCCCGCGCUGAGCUGGAGGGCGCUGUCGGGCCCGCUGCCCCCCGACACAGCCAGCUUGGAUUUGAGUCAUAAUCGGUUAUCUAACUGGAACAUCAGCUUGGAAUCACAAACAUUACAGGAAGUGAAAAUGAAUUACAAUGAAUUAACAGAAAUUCCAUAUUUUGGAGAACCAACAUCUAAUAUUACUCUGCUUUCACUAGUCCAUAAUUUAAUCCCAGAAAUAAAUGCAGAGGCAUUCCAGUUUUAUUCUGCUCUUGAGAGUUUAGAUCUCAGCUCCAAUAUAAUAUCAGAAAUUAAGACAUCUUCAUUUCCUCGAAUGCAGCUUAAAUACCUGAAUUUGAGUAAUAAUAGGAUAACUACCUUGGAAGCUGGUUGCUUUGAUAAUUUAUCAAGUUCCUUAUUAAUGGUAAAGUUAAACCGGAACCGAAUUAGUAUGAUCCCACCUAAGAUCUUCAAGCUGCCUCACCUCCAAUUCUUGGAGCUUAAAAGAAACAGAAUUAAAAUUGUGGAGGGCCUUACAUUCCAAGGUCUUGACUCCUUAAGAUCUUUAAAAAUGCAGCGGAAUGGAAUUAGCAAACUUAAAGAUGGAGCAUUUUUUGGCUUGAAUAACAUGGAAGAACUGGAACUAGAACACAAUAACCUUACACGAGUGAAUAAGGGGUGGUUAUAUGGCUUGCGAAUGUUACAGCAGCUGUAUGUGAGCCAGAAUGCUAUUGAAAAAAUCAGCCCUGAUGCAUGGGAGUUCUGCCAAAGACUAUCUGAACUUGAUUUGUCCUAUAACCAGCUGACCCGCCUGGAUGAAUCUGCCUUUGUGGGUCUCAGUUUACUGGAGAGACUGAAUUUAGGAGACAACAGAGUCACUCAUAUUGCUGAUGGUGUGUUUAGGUUUCUUUCUAAUCUUCAGACAUUAGACUUAAGAAACAAUGAAAUUUCAUGGGCCAUAGAAGAUGCUAGUGAAGCCUUUACUGGACUUACAAGUCUCACUAAAUUAAUCUUACAAGGAAACCAGAUUAAGUCAAUUACAAAGAAAGCAUUCGUUGGUCUUGAAUCUCUUGAGCAUCUAGAUUUGAACAACAAUGCUAUAAUGUCUAUCCAAGAAAAUGCUUUUUCUCAUACUCACUUGAAAGAACUGAUCCUGAACACAAGCAGUUUGCUCUGUGACUGUCAUCUGAAAUGGUUACUUCAGUGGCUGAUCGAUAAUAACCUUCAUCAUUCUGUAAAUGUAAGCUGCGCCCAUCCUGAAUGGCUAGCAGGGCAAAGCAUCCUGAAUGUGGACCUAAAAGAUUUUGUCUGUGAUGAUUUUCUGAAGCCACAGAUAAGGACUCAUCCUGAAACCACAGUUGCUCUAAGGGGCAUUAAUGUGACUUUGAUCUGCACUGCAGUGAGCAGCAGUGAUUCACCAAUGUCCACAGUGUGGCGCAAAGACAGUGAAAUUCUGUAUGACAUGGAUAUUGAGAAUUUUGUUCGUUAUCGGCAACAGGCUGGAGAAGCCCUGGAACAUACUAGUAUUUUACAUCUUUUCAACGUGAAUUUCACAGAUGAAGGAAAAUAUCAGUGUAUUGUUACUAAUCAUUUUGGAUCCAAUUAUUCUCUGAAAGCCAAACUAACUGUGAAUGAAAUGCCAUCUUUCUUGAAAACUCCAAUGGAUCUAACUAUUCGCACUGGUGCCAUGGCCAGAUUAGAAUGUGCUGCAGAGGGACACCCUGCACCUCAAAUUUCCUGGCAGAAGGAUGGUGGUACUGACUUUCCAGCUGCUCGAGAAAGACGUAUGCAUGUCAUGCCAGAGGAUGAUGUCUUCUUUAUUGCCAACGUGAAAAUAGAAGACAUGGGAAUCUACAGCUGCAUGGCACAAAAUAUAGCCGGAGGCCUCUCAGCAAAUGCUUCACUAACAGUGCUAGAGACACCCUCAUUUAUUAGGCCUCUGGAGGACAAGACAGUAACUCGAGGUGAAACAGCCGUGUUACAGUGCAUAGCUGGAGGAAGCCCCGCCCCUCGCCUCAACUGGACUAAAGAUGAUGGCCCACUGCUGGUGACAGAACGACACUUCUUUGCUGCGGCCAACCAGCUUCUCAUCAUUGUGGAUGCUGGGCUGGAAGACGCAGGGAAAUACACGUGCAUUAUGUCUAACACUCUUGGCACAGAACGUGGCCAUAUUUACCUACAUGUCAUUUCAUCCCCCAACUGUGAUUCUUCUCAGAGCAGCAGUGGGCAUGAGGAGGAUGGCUGGACCACCGUUGGCAUUGUCAUCAUUGUUGUGGUCUGCUGUGUUGUGGGCACCUCUUUGAUUUGGGUCAUUGUUAUUUAUCACAUGAGAAGGAAAAAUGAAGACUAUAGUAUCACAAACACAGAGGAGCUCAAUCUGCCUGCAGACAUUCCCAGCUAUUUGUCUUCUCAAGGAACGCUGUCUGAGCCACAGGAAGGCUACAGCAACUCUGAGGCGGGCAGUCAUCAACAGCUUAUGCCUCCUGUCAGUGGGUUCAUGCACAGAGGCACUGAUGGUGGCACUGGUACCCGGGUGAUCUGCUCAGAUUGCUAUGACAAUGCCAACAUUUACUCAAGGACUCGAGAAUACUGUCCAUACACCUAUGUCACUGAGGAGGAUGUUCUAGAUCAGACACUGUCCAGCCUCAUGGUCCAGAUGCCGAAAGAGACAUUUUUGUCAUGUCCUCCCCAAGAUGCUGCUGCCCUGGAGAACUUAGUAUCAUUGGCCAACAGAGAACUGUCUGCCUUACCCACCAAUCAUGAGAGGAUAAGUGAAAAGAAACUUCCCUCCACACAGAUAAGCAGUGAAACAUUGCAACAUCCUCUGUGGAGCAUAAACAGAGAACCAGGCCUAUCUUGUCCUUCCUUUUCCCAGCAGCCAGUCCUCGAGUCACCACAGCUUCAUCGGAAUGAGGACUUGGGAGAGACAGAACCAGACUGUUCUUCCCCCAUGCCCUGCCACAGGUUGCACGACCAUGCUUUUGACUUUAGUAGGACUCAGAGCAUUCAAAAUGGUAGUGAGAACACAUAAAAUCCACACCAGAAUGAAAUUUGGGCAGAGACUCAAGUUAAUCUUGUAUUUACUACCUCAUAAUUCAGAAGAAACCCCAAAGUCAGCAUGUGCUUUACUCUUAGUUUAUGAUUACAUCUGACCACACCAGGGUAGGCCUGCUAUUUGUUUGGGCUUAUACUUGACAGGGAAAGGGUAGCAGCUGGCGGACAUGAGUGUAUGAAGUUGAAGAUAAGUGGCACUGGCAGAGUACUUAUGUACAAGUGGAAGAGGAAGACGUGGAGCAGAUGUGUUUCCUGAUGGUUCCACAGGAAUGUGCCCAGAUGUGUAUUGCCUAUCAGGAAGUGUCUCAUUGCUGCUUAAUCUGCUGGACUGUCCUAAUUCAUGGAUUGAUCCUGCAAAAGCUCACUGCUUUGAUGUUCUAACUUUGCUUUCCAAGGAACAAAAAUAACUUUGGAGCCCUCUGAGAAGUGUACCUGGGGUCCUUCAGUGGGUUUACACAGGUAGAGACCAGGGCUUUGAUAUUCAAGGUCCUUGGCAAGAUCCCAGGUUUGACUAGCUGGUAUCAGGUCAAAGGUUUUUGUAUUCUUGUGAAUUAUUAUUAUUAUUAUUUGUCCCUAUUGCCUAGGGAUCUCAUUGUAAAUAUAUGUGCAUUUAUAAAUAAUUUUUCUAUUCUUCAACUGUGUGUGUUGGUGGCAAUGUAAAUAUUUUUGAUAUGCCAAAAUUAUAUAUAAUGUCUAGUUAUUGUCAGUAGCUUCUUCAAAAAAAGUUUAUAUAACUUAGUCAAGUGAGAUAUAAAAACUUUGUUUAAAGAAAAACCGCUUAGAGUUCUGAAAACUUACUGUUAAGAAGUAUAUGUGUAGAGGCAGGGUACAUAGUAAUUGCAUACACACAAACACAAUCUUGGUAUACUUAACUGCUUCUUUCAAGCAUAGAGAUUCAUUUACCUAAUCGUUUGUCACUUGUAUACAAGUACCAGGCAAGAUUCCCUUUGUGACAUAAAGCCUGACAGUUUGUCAUAGCUGUAUGAACUAGUAUUGUUUUGGAACAAUUUAGAACAACAGUUUUCAGCAAAUUAGUUUAUUGACAAGGAUACCAAAGAUUUCUUUUCUGUUAUUUGAUUUUAAUCUCUCUUUAGUAAUGUACUGUAUAUCUUAGAAGGAAAGAGUGCUCUUGAGACUGGAAUAUACGUAAAUUUUUGUACUGUAAAGCUUUGGAAUGGUUUUUGUUUUGUACAUGUGAUUGUUUAAGCCACAAAGUUUUCUUGAAUUUCUGAUCAAAGAACUUUAUAUAAACAAAGAACUUAACACUUUAAUGAAAUGUGAUAGACUAAAGUUCAUUCUUUGUCCUUUCAGAUUUCCAUAUACAGGCUGUUCAGGUCUUCUAAAUCUUAGCCUCUUACUAGGAACUUCAUUCUCUUAAACAAAAACUUCUAAGUCCCUGUGCAUUUCCAGGGUUUUAAACUCACAUAAUUUCUCAGCAUUUUGUCAGAAAGUUUAACUGAAUUUCAUACUCUUUCUCUGGACAGCAGGACUUACCAUUUUUCUCUUUGUUCAUUUACAAUCAGUUUUUUCUUUCUUUUUUUGGUGGUACUGGGAAUUGAACCAAGAACCUUUACACUGAGCUAUAAAACCGGUCUGUUUUUGGUUUUUAUUUUGGGUCAGGGUCUCACUAGGUUGCCCAGACUGGGCUCAAACUUUAUGAUCCUCUUGCCUCUGUCUCCCAGAGUGCUGCGAUUACAUCAGUCCCUUCAACCUGCAUUGCCCCUCUUUACUAAGUUAUGACAAUAGUUUAUACUGGACUUAACUUUUCGUUUCCUGGCUUUGUUCCUUACAAGCUGUGUAGACUAGGGCAUAUCUUUUUACUUUUGUGGGCCCAUUUUUCGCUAGGAAAUGAGGUCCUUUACUAUAGAUUCUCUAAAGUCCCUUCUAGGUAUAAUAUCCUAUGAUUCCACAGUUCCCUACAGGAACCAGAGAGGAUUAUGCUACUUUAAUAGAAAGCUGCUUUCAUGAAAUAUUUGUUAGCAUAAAAUAAGAGUGCUGCUGCUUGCUCCAAAUUGAGCCAGAUUUAUUUUUCUCUGUAGCAGGAAUAGUGGUCUAAGAAAUACUCAGAAGAGGAAACAAAUACUAUGCAGGAUUGGUGAGUGUGUGUGUGUAGUCAGGGGUAAAACUCAGGGCCUUCUCUGAGUUACAUCUCUAGCCCUUUUAAAAUGUUUGUAUUUUGAAACAGAUUGUGGCUAAACCUAGGCUAGGCUUGUUUAUAGUCUUCUUUGCCUCCACAAGUGGUGUGAUAUAGGGCCUGCGCCACCACACUUGGCUAAUACUCUUACUUCUAAAACAGUAUCCAUAAAUGUAAUGAAUCUUGUCUCAGGUGAAAGCUCACCCAUUGCUUUCUAGAGCAGCAAGUCCGAGUACCAGUAUUACAGUUUGCCGGAGGAUUAGCUGCAGGAUUAGCUGAGGAGUGUACACAACUAAUUUGUGACGUGUGUGUAUGUGUGCCAUACUUAGCUUUCUGGUAUAUUCAGGUUACAGCACACUCCUGAAAAGAUAGAGUUUUCUGAAUGGGCAGUGUGGAGCCAUAAUCUUGCUGGGUGACCAGACUGCCCAUGAGCACAGCUGUCAGGUGUGAAGCAAAAGAGAGGCCUUGAGAUAGUGCUGAAGAAACUGCUCAAUCACAAACCCCACCACCCAGUGUCAACAGUGAUCUUUCUGUACUGUGGUAUCAGACUGGACUCCUGAAAUUUCAGGGUUUUCUCUAAUACGUCAGCUCUUUUGGUUAAAACGUUCUCCACAGAUACUCCCAGCUUGCCUAAAUAAUUAGUUAGAUUGUGUUUAAAUGUGAAGCACCUACCUCUGACCUUAAUGUCAUAAAUUGUAAUGCCAAGACAAGGAAUUCCUAAAACAUCUUUAUUGCAUAUGUCUUUCACUAAGCAGAUCACUGAUCUCUUGCUUUGUCCUUUAAAAUAAAUAGGAUCAGUCACUCAUCAGUGUUUCUUCCCAGGAGUACAAUGCGCACCUAAUGUUAAGUUAAUCAGGGACAUUGCAAAGCAGGGCAGACUUGAAAGGCUGAAAUACUAUCUUCCUGCCCAGUUACUGCUUCCUGCAUGCGUAGAUGCUCUUUGUGCCCCUCAUAGGCUGAUUCUUCAAGCCUGCCUGCAAGAAGUAGCACUUUGUCUGGAUGCCAAGCUUUACUGGCAUUCUGAAUCUGCACCUAAGCUGUUAGCUCUCUGUCAUUCAGCAUCUGCUCAUUCCCUCAAAUGCAAGCUAUUCUGCAGAAUAGGAAGCAUCAGAAAUCCAGCCAGGGCACAGCUGCCCCUAAAGUGCCAUGUCGGAGUGACUUAAAUGUGUAUUUUUUUGUAAUACUCAUGUUUAAAAACAGUUGGCUACACAUUGCCCAUCAAAUGGUUAUAAGAAGAACACUAGGCUGUCAAGCAGUUUAGACUCAGCCAUUUUCCUGUAAAAAAGGAUUAUGUGAAAGGGUCAUAUGAAAAGUGACUAUAUGAAAGGACAAGAGUCAUCUACCUGGUGGCAUAUGUACUUCUAGUAAUUCUAUCUAAACUAACAGAUACAAGUAUCUGACAGUUGAAUACUCAGCGUUUCAGGGGGAAGUACAUGCAGAAGAUAAAUAAUCUGUUAACAGCGUUGAAGAGGUUUCUUCUUGAGGUGGAUUAUGGGCAAGAUGACUUUUAUGAUAUUUUUCAAUUUUAUUACUGGAAAUCUCCAAUUGUAAUCUGGUAGUCUUUUCUUUUUUGAUACUGGAGAUUGAACUCACAACUAUGCUCUUGCAAAGCAGACACUUAUGCCGCUGAGCUAAAUCCUCAGCCCAAUCCAAUAGUCUUAAAACUUUGUCUUCUAAUAUCUUGUGUGUUCAUUUUAGAGCAUUUCAGAACUUGGACUGAGGCUGACAAAAGAGACUGUAGGGACCUGCUGAAGUAGAAUUACGAUGUUCAGUUUUAUAUUCAGUGUUUUAUCCAUGUAUGUUAAUGGCCUUAUUUCAUAAUUUUAAUAUACAUAGAAAUGCUAGUGGGCUAAGGGAGCACUGGAGGUAAGUUCGCUUUUGAGAGGUUUUUAUUUUUAUUCCUGGUGCUGGGAAUUGAAGCCAGAGUCUCAUGCCAAAUAUGUACUCUUAUCACUGAGCUACACCCAUGGCCCCAAAUUUGUUUUUAUUUUAUGUAACAUGGUCCAUUUCUUGGUGUGGAUCAUAGAAGUAAUUAUGAAAACGAUUGUUUUUGAGCUAAAUCUCUUUUUUUUUUGGCAACCUGCAAAUAGUUUUUUCUGUUAUAUGAUCUCUUUGCCAGUUCAAUUUGGUUUGUUUGGAGUGCAGUCUAAAUCAUUAGUUAGCCUUGGAUGUCUUUUUCUUUUGGACAGCUUCCUGGUUCAUUGACAAAAGUACAAACAAAAGUUCUGAGUUAAGACAUGUAGUAUACUUAACAUCUGAAAACCCCAGAAUCAUCAUGUUGAUGAUGUCUGUGUGUGUGUGUGUGUGUGUGUGUGUGUGUGUGUGUGUGUGUGUGGUGUGUGACACUAGGGAUCAAACCCAGAGCCCUGCAUAUGCUAGGCAAGAACUAUAGCCCUGAAGUCUGUCGCCAGUCCUUGGGAGGGUGUGUUUUAAGGGUUAGGAAUGGACCCACUCCUUCAAGAUUAUGUGUUUCUUUGCAGUUCUAAUAAUAUCCAAGGGGUAGGCCAAAGGUGAAAAACAGCUUGAUUUGUUUAGUGAUCUUAAUCUUACAGUGAUCUUGCAAAAAUAGUAACUAUUUUAAAGAAAUGGAUUAAGUGGUCGAAUGCUCUUGAAAUAUUUCUUGACUACUUACUGUGUCUUCUUGGUCCGUAGACUUGUUUUACUGUCUACUCCCUUCUCUUCUCUUGUCCCCUUCCCCAGCUAGAGGAUAUCUAUCUGAGCAGCCCUGGUGUUAGACAAACCUAAAGAGAAGUAUAAACCAAGUUGCUGUUAGUGUGGCUCUUUCCUGGUAUCUAUAUUUUCUCAUGCAUAAGAAUGUAUAUUUUAUAAAGCAUGUGUUUACUUGUCUCCUGUAAUAUGUCUUCAAUAAAGCUCAAAAUACAUUAUAA